CGCCCUCCGCCGCCUCGCCCGUGCCCCCCUCCUCCUCUCGCCGCCCGGCAUGGAAGGCGGCGGGGGCGGCCCUGAGGGGAUCGGCCUGGAUAAAAUGUUCAACAGUUCGUUGGCAACUUUCUUCAGAAGAAUAAUUACUACUGCUCUGCUCUUGCCAUAAUAUCAGAGUUCUGUGACCUACACAUCCGUGCUAAACAUCAGCAGAGAAUCCUGGUUUGUUCCUUCUGUGUAGAUGGAACAGGCAUCGGUCAUGAGAACCCAUCCUGAUUUAAAGCUGCUUGCUUGGUUUUCUGGGAUUAAAGGUGCUUAAUGAAUCAGGCCCCCCCAGAUGAAUCAAACAGCCAAUUCUUGCCAACAGUUGGUUGAAAACUGUGCUGUGCAUGUAGCAGGUAUGGCGCAAGAGGACAGUCGCCGUGGUCAAGUGCCACCCACAUUUUAUCAUGGUGCCAGCCAGGAACUCGAUCUGUCCACCAAAGUAUACAAGAGAGAGUCAGGAAGUCCUUACCCAGUGUUGGUGGACAGCAAAAUGAGCAAACCACAUCUCCAUGAAAGAGAGGAGCAGCCGUAUUUCAGGGAGAACAGAUCAGUAGGAGAAGUCCGGGCUGUGAAAGAAGAUAGAGAAAACUCUGACGACUCUGAGGAGGAGGAAGAGGAGGAAGAUGAAGUGACUUACAAAAGGGAGCAGAUUAUAGUAGAGGUAAACCUUAACAACCAAACAUUAAAUGUAUCAAAAGGGGAGAAGGGUGUCCCCUCCCAGUCCAAAGAGACUGCUGUUCUUAAGACCAGCAGUGAGGAAGAGGAGGGUGACAGUGGGGAAGAGGCCACUGAAGACAGUAAUGAUUAUGAGGAAAAUGAGAGGCAGAAGAAAAAAGAGAAAAGAGUGGAAAAAGUUAGUGUUGCACAAAGGAGAACAAGGAGAGCUGCAUCUGCUGCAGCAGCCACAACUUCCCCAUCACCCAGAACUACAAGGGGUCGUAGAAAGAGUGUGGAGCCCCCCAAGCGUAAGAAGAAAGCUGCAAAGGAGCCCAAGGCACCUGUGCAGAAAUCAAAGUGUGAAGAGAAGGAGACUUUAACCUGUGAGAAGUGCCCCAGGGUGUUUAACACACGCUGGUACCUGGAGAAGCACAUGAACGUCACUCACAGGCGCAUGCAGAUCUGCGACAAAUGUGGGAAGAAAUUUGUUCUAGAAAGUGAGCUGUCCCUUCACCAGCAAACAGACUGUGAAAAAAAUAUCCAGUGUGUUUCCUGUAAUAAGUCUUUCAAGAAACUCUGGUCCCUCCAUGAGCAUAUCAAGAUUGUCCAUGGAUACGCAGAAAAGAAAUUCUCUUGUGAGAUUUGUGAAAAGAAGUUCUACACCAUGGCCCAUGUGCGGAAACAUAUGGUUGCACACACAAAGGACAUGCCUUUUACAUGUGAAACCUGUGGGAAAUCAUUCAAACGCAGUAUGUCUCUCAAGGUACAUUCCCUACAGCAUUCUGGAGAGAAGCCUUUCAGAUGUGAGAACUGUGAUGAGAGGUUUCAGUACAAGUAUCAGCUGCGUUCCCACAUGAGCAUCCACAUCGGGCACAAACAGUUCAUGUGCCAGUGGUGUGGCAAAGACUUCAAUAUGAAACAGUACUUCGAUGAGCACAUGAAGACACACACUGGAGAGAAGCCCUUUAUCUGUGAAAUCUGUGGGAAAAGCUUCACCAGCCGCCCAAACAUGAAGAGACAUCGCCGAACUCACACAGGGGAGAAGCCCUACCCAUGUGAUGUGUGUGGCCAGCGAUUUCGCUUCUCCAACAUGCUCAAGGCACACAAGGAGAAGUGCUUCCGUGUUACCAGCCCUGUUAAUGUGUCAUCUGCUGUCCAGAUCCCACUGUCCACAACUUCUGCCACCACAGUUCCUGCUGUAGUGAACACACCCACCGCCCCAACCCCACCAAUCAACCUGAACCCAGUGAGCACACUUCCUCCACGUCCCAUUCCCCAUCCGUAUUCACAUCUUCACCUACAUCCUCAUCCUCACCAUCCACAUCAUCUUCCAGUUCCCCCCGUUCCCCAUUUACCCCCUCCUCCUGCUCUUUUUAAGAGUGAGCCUUUAAAUCACAGGGGUCAGAGUGAGGACAGCUUUUUGCGACACCUGGCAGAAAAAAACAGUUCAGCACAGCACCACUAACAUCCUUGCUUCCUGCCAGCUAUUUUCCCAUUUUAUGCACAUGGAAACAUGCCCUCAUGGAAGUGCAGAGGGUUAGUUGAUGAGGACUUUCGUCUCUCUCAUAGCCCCCAGCAGAUGGUCCCGAUUUUUCCUUUGAAUCAUUUAGCAAACAAGGAAAUCCUGUUUUGGAUCAGCAGUGCUCAUUUGAACCUGGGAACCAAAAGGACUUAACCCCAAUUUGCUUGUGUUUUCCUGGUGACUUUUAUAAAUUUCGGAUACUGAGACUUGUGGAAUUUUAUAAUUUCAUAUCAGCUGAUGAGGUAUGCUUGCUUUUAUAUCCUGGACUUCUCCUCAAAGAGGAGAGAGGCCUGGUUUUCUUUGUACUAAUCGGAAAGGCUGUGAGAUUAAUACAGAGCAUUAAUUGUAUCACUGUGUAUCGUAAUGGAUUCUUUUCAGCUUUUGGUGCCGGCUAUGGAGUGAUCCAGCCACGUAUCACGAUAUAUUUGAGCAUUAUAAAGAAAGACAAAAAAAUUUCUUGUUUGUGUAGCUCUCCUAACACACUCUUUAUUUUACUACAGAAAUUAUUUUAGAGUUUUUUGUAUAGACCUAUUUAGUAGUCAGUUUCUAAAAUGAAAUGUAUUUCAAUAAGCGGUGUAAUUUUUUCAGUGUAGCUGGACCUAUGUUGUAUAAUAGAUAAAUUUUUAUAAUCAUCAAAAUGUGAUUCUUAAAAGAUGCAUAUAGCUUCUAUAGUUAAAGUUAUUCUUACAACCGUACAACUUAAAACAACAAAAGGUGCUUCAGAGAAGAAAGGAAUCCAAGAGGUCUCUGGAAAGGUUGCCUCAAAAGUGAUGUUGAUUUCAGAACUUUAUGUAAUUUAUUUUAGUAGGUUGGUGGGGUUUUGUUUUGUUUUGUUUUGUUUUUCUACCUUAAGUUUCCCUUUCCACGGUUUCUGUUAAGAGUUUAUGGAGAAGGAUGUUGAGAUACUGUAUUCUCCCUCCUCAGAUUUCAUUAAAUUCAACUGGAGUCAGCUGUGAAAUGGGCUGGAGAGGGAGUAUUUCAAGUCAACCAAGCAUCUUUAUGUAGGAGAGCCUGUUUUAAUGGCUUUUCAUGGUAUGAUUUUAAGCUGGGGAUCCUAUCAAAUGCUGCUCUUCAGAUUGCUUUCUGGAAUUCCUGGAGUUAGAAGAGGGUAAUUAAGUGAAAUCAUAAAUGCAGUGUUUCUGACUGGUUGAUUGUAAGAGUGAGCAGUUUGGAUGAGACAAUGGUGUUUCAGUUGCAUUGUUAAGAAAACACUGACAGCAGUGUAUGUGCCAUGGGAAGCUCCAUCCCAUAAAUAUACUGUGCAUAAAAUUAUGGGAUGAUUUCUAGGAGUUGUAGUCACAUGUUUGGCAAAUCUAAGUUCUACAGUUGUAGGAUAGGAAGCUUUGAAUUGUAGGCAUGUCACUGUUCCAUAAUCCUGGGAGCAAUGAGGAGGAAAUGACAAGUAGUGCAGGGAUGGUGGGCUGGAAUGCCAAACGUGUACGUUUUAACCAUCAAGUAGUUAUUAAUUUUUCAGGUUUGUAUUUCUCUUCAACUAAAACUAAGUAUAGCAGCAUUAUGCAAUCUAGUACAUUGUUGCCACCUUCAAUGAAGACAGAUGCUCAAGGCAACGUACUGUAAGUUCUCAUUUCUUUAAAAUUUGUAUCUUCUGAGCUGCUUUUUAAAUUAAAUCCCACCAAACUGUAGAUCCAGAGAUCCUCUAGGCAGAUGUCUAACAUACCAUUCUGCUUACUAAUGAACUGGGGUUUUGUGGCUGAUGGGAGUAAUUUUUUUCAGUCUUCAAGACAGCAGAAAUGGUGGAAAUUCUUCUUCCUGUUACUUCCUUGAAGUUAAUGCUUUUAAGCACUGUGUUUUGAAACACUAUGUCCUCUGUCUGUCAAGAAUUAGUUCCUUAGUUGAUGUUUUUCACAAUUUUCUACCAUCUAAUCAUUAAUAUUUUUUUCAUAACGUGCAUAGCAAACUGUAGGAACCAGGAAGGGCAAUUUUGGCCCAACAAACCUAUUCGUUUUUGACUGAGCUGAAACCCCUUCCAGCAUUUCUGAAAAAUAAAACAAUGUGUUUUUUAAAUGUUUUCUCUACAGUAUUUAUAUACACUCUCUUAUCUUCUAGGCAAAAAAAGCCAACAAAAGUGAAUUUACACUCGUGAUGACAACUGUUGUAUUUACUGUGGCUGGUCCGCCCCAGAGGUUCUAUGCAUUCCAUGUCACGUUUGCACCCUACAUUUCUGUUGUGCCACUAUUUUACGGUCAGGCCCAUUAUUAAAUGAUUUUUAAAUGCUAAAAAUCAGUUGUAUUCCGUUUUUGCAAAAUGAUCUUCUUCUCAAUAAAUGUACCAUAUUAGGCUGCUAUUCAGAAUUCUGAAAUUUGGAACACUUUUUUUUUUCCUUUAGUGUUUAGUUCAUAGCAAUGAUCCCUUUUGUUUUUCUUCCAAGACUUAACAAACUUAGGAAUCCCUUUCUGUGGAAGAAGAUUAAACUUUCUAACCAGUUUCACAGUCUGUCAUAAUGUCAACAGAUUCUCCUCAUUGUCUGGGACAGACGUAGUGAAAGCUGACAGACUGGUCUAGGAGUGCUGCAAUGUGGGAUUUUAUAAAGUACAUCUUUUACCGAAAAAGGAAAGUGGGUGUUACAAAAGUCUGGAAAUUAAAGGGUAAGGUUUGCUGAGGCUUUUCACUCCUGCUUUGAUUUGCAUAAGUAUGCACACCUACAGAAUUUGUGCAACACUAAGGAAUGUAUUCAAGUGCGUUUACUACUUUUUGCAUGUUAACAAGCUGGGAAUAAUAUUUUGUGUAGAGCUUUAUUACAUUUGGUUAGCACAUAAGCUUGGUUUGUGUUACUGAAGUGCUUUCUUCAAGAAGAGCAAGGACAAGUAACCCCAACUUCAGGUUUGAUUUGAGUGUUUUUGGAAGGUGAGACUGACUUCUCCAUUAGUUUUCCAAAGCAUCCUACAGCCUAAGGGGAACUUUUACUUAAUUUUUGAAAUUACAUUUUUAAGGGGAAGAAUUGAACAGAAUUAAUAUUGCAAUCUAGAGAUUGGCUGUUUAAAGGACAGUGUCUUUUCUAAAAGCUGCUAGUCCUGCAGACAGUGCCUUUUCCUUACUAAGGGCACUGGCUGUGUGGGCUUGUUUAUUCAGUGUACUAUCUCAGGCUCAUUUACCUUCCUAGAUGAAGGUGUGGUGAUUAUCUGUUUUGUAUUGACUUGCCUGUCUGAGUUAUUGGCUCUCCUAUUUACACAGCGUGGAUGCUUGGUAGAUGAUCUAAUUUGUAUUGCUGUGCACAUCAAAAGUUACUGUCACCCACCUUGUGUUCCCAACCACAUCUCAAAUUAUGGGCUUUUGAAAGAGUGCUUUGAGCUGAAUGUAGGCUCUUAUCACUGGGAGAUUAGUUGUAUCUCAGCACUGCAAUCCCUUUGGAUAUUUUUGCCUUUGCCCUGUUGCAUCUCUUGAGCAUGUAAUAGCAAUUUUCAGUUUAUUGGAGAGAAGGCAAAACUCACGAGUAUGCAGUUUAAAGAUAGUGCUUCCCUUUGAUACUUUCAGUCUGUUUUAAACAGGUUACCUGAAAGACCAAGUUUCUCCCUGAGCUGAAAAGCUUGCUAUUUUUGUAAUUUAUUUACUGAUUGCCUAUUUCUUUGCACUAUAGUAGCCUACGGUGUGACCAUUAUGGGGCUGAGUACCAUUUUGUUUGGAGGUGGAGAGUCUCUUGUGCAGAGCUGUUUCUAUUCUUGUAGUGUUGCAUUGACACAUUCUGGUUUGAUUAUGAAUUGCAGGGUACAUAGGCCUUUGAGAAAACAAUAAAAGAAUAAGCAAUGUGCAAAUACAGCGAUGGAGAACACUAAAUAAUGUCAAACUUCUUUUUUCUUUUCUCUUGGGACUUAACCUCAGGGUUGUAAAAUGUUUCAGUAAUUGUUUUAUGCUUUCAUAUUUCUAUUAACCAGCAGUAUUAAAAAAGAAAACCCACCACCAUGAUGUGUGACUCAAAAGGAUUUUUUUUUUUAACCUGCUACUGAGGAACAUCUCACUUGUAAAUAACCAUCGUUAGCUAUAAGCUCAUCAGUCCAAAACAGAUAAAUCCCAUUCCUCUCUAGACCACGUAGUAAAAGUUAAGUAUUUCCAAAGUAGAAAAAAGGUACUAUGAAAAUUAAUGACUUUUAAAUGGUGUCAUUCUUCUUCAGUUCAACUUUGAAAGCAGAAGUGUCACCGUGCGAGUUUUGACAUGCAUGGUAAGGUUUAAACAGCCCUCUGUGGCUCAUCACUUUCCAGCUUCCAUCAAAUAAAUCUGCCUUGUACCAUAAUGGCUGUUCUGCUUGUACCUGAAACAGUUUUGCACCUCUGUCACCAUUUGGUUUUGUUGUGUUUUGUUUGAACAGUGCUCUUUGCUAUCAACUCAAAGGAUCUGUUCUUUAAAGGGUGCAGGUAGGGAAGAAGGAUCAUUUGUUUUCAGAGUUUGUGUCAACGUGGAUGAAAUGUGAUCAUUUUUGGUGGAAAUUUUGGAUUUUCAUAACCGGAAUUUAAUUCAACUUUAGUAACAGAGAAGGAAAUUUGAAGUAACCUGGCACUAAUUAGUACUGUCUUGCUGACCAAAGAAGGCAUAAAUUAGUUCAUGUUUGGAUUUAAGCUGAGAACGAACACUACUGUAUAUUGUAGGUGUAUUGAAGGCAUGGCAGAAAAGUUAAAACCCACUGCAAAGGAAAGAGACAUCCAAUGGGAAGGCAAGCAUUUUGUGUAGAUACCAAAGUUAUUAGCAUUCACGUGUUGGUAAUAAAAGCUGGUUAUCCUAGCAGCAACAGGACAAUGGUGCAGCUUUUAAACUUCUGAUAUAAAACUGAAUGAGAGAUGAGAGUUAGGUUAGUGAUGCCAUGAUUCAAAUUUCAUAUUCACUCAGCAUCUCUCCACAAUAAUUUCAGCCUGAGCUGACCUGUUCCCAUUAAUUGUGGUGCAGAAGUUCCCUAUGGAUCACAGAGGGCGCCCUCUGCUCUCAGAAAUUCAGACAGAGCUGUGCCUUUUCCAAAUGAGAAUAAAGAUUUGAAGGCUUUCUUUUUCUUUCUCCAUUCUAAAAAUUGGCCUGUCCUCUUUUUUUUCUUUUUUUUUCUUUUCUUUUUUUUGCAAAGAAAUCCUCCUGCUGCGUUGAUCUGUUGCUGCUUUUACAGAUUGGAAUCAGCAAAUGCAUCUUCUGAUGAAAUUUCUCUGGAUAUUGGGAAUUGCCUUUGUGCUCAGUCAUGGCCCAUGUGUGAACAAAGUGCAUUCUUGCAGUGCAGGCCUCUUUGUGUACUGAGAAUUUAUGUAUACAAACAUUGUAGUCAAAUGGAGCUUCCCUGAGUGCAGCAGUGGGUGUAGGUGUUCACAGUCUGUUUUGUCAUAUUGCUAAAUAGUUCUUUCAUCCUUUUCAUUUGGCAUGGAGGUAGGUUUGUGUGGUACAUGCUUGCACUCCCAGUUUUCAUGCUGUUUCCCUACACCACGUACUCCAGCAGAAUACCCUUAUGAUAUGAACUUCAAACAGAUCUGAAAUGGAGAAUUGAUGGAAUAUUUUGCACCAGAAAGGAAAUGCUGCUUUGGUUUGGUUUGUGUUUGAAUUCCCUACCCUGAAAAACCUGCCCAGGUGGAGGCAGAGCAGAAGUCCCUUGCUGAAGUGAUCUAUUAACGUUAAUUAUUAUCUUUUGCUUGGAGAACUCUGAACACUGUUGUUACUUUUUUCUUUUUAAUCAACCCAUAUGACAACAGCAUGGCUCUGUGAUAUUUUUUAUCUCGAUUCUGCACAAAGGUGACAUUUGUAACCACACUGACAGUAAUCAGUAGAGGAUGUCUUUUCAAUAAACUGCACAUCUACAUUUUCCUGAGCUAGG